AACCGAUUAGCGAGAGCAUCAGCAAUAACAAAAGCAAAUCCAUCAUUCUCUCUACGAUCUUUUCCAUCAACCCGGCUGGCUCGAAUGUCAACCAAAGCAACACCUGAACCUGUUCCAUUAAUCCUAGCGCCAAAAGAUGUUCAGGAAUUGAUUCGUUCAAAAGAUUCAUCUUCGAUUCGAAUCUUGGAUGCUACUUGGUUUAUGCCAAAUGUACAAAGAGACGCAAGAAAAGAAUUUGAACAAGGACCAAGGAUUCCAAAUUCAUCUUUUUGGGAUGUAGACAAGGUGGCAACGCAAAAAGGCGAAAAGGAUGAAAAAGGUAAUGAAUUAAAUCCAUUAGGAUUAAGUCAUAUGAUGCCAACACCUAAAGUCUUUGCCAAUGCUGCAGGUCAACAUGGAAUCACACCUGAUACACAUGUUAUCGUCUAUGAUACGCAUGGCGUCUUUUCUUCUCCACGUACAGCUUUCACCUUUCAUGCUUUUGGACAUCGUGCGAUUUCUAUCUUGAAUGGAGGAUUACCGGCUUGGAUCAAGAAUGAUUUUGAAGUUGAAAAUGGACCACCCCAUCAAAUCACACCAACAAACUAUCCAACCCCUUCUCUGGAAUCAACUUUGAUUCGUUCGUAUGAUGAAAUGGUUGCCAAUGCACGUAUGGGCGCAAGAGGACAAACCGUUUUAGAUGCUCGUCCGAACGGAAGAUUCGAAGGAACAGCACCCGAACCUAGACCUGGUCUUUCAUCUGGACAUAUUCCCAAUUCUACAUCUCUUCCUGCAACGUCACUCUUGGAUACCAAUUCAAUAAGUUCUGAUAAAUCUUUCACAACUCUUAAAAAUCAAACUGAUCUUUGGAGAUCGAUCAGCGAUACCGUUGGAGGAAUGGAUGAACUCGAUAAAUUACGACAAGCAAGUUCGGCUGGUGAAUCUGCAGUAACAAAUACUUGUGGAAGUGGAAUGACGGCCGCAAUCUUGUGGCUGGGAUUAUAUCAAUUGGGUAUCCAGAGUAGCAUCUAUGAUGAAAGUUGGACCGGUUAUGCAUCUAGAAAGGAGAGUGUGAUCGACAAGGAAUGAAGGAUGAAAUCGUACUGUAUAUUUCAAUAGAGACGCAAAAGACCUUUCACAAAUCUGAAUGAAUUGAAUGAAACAUACUAUAUAUUGAAUAACAGGAUGAGCAGAGCAAGAAAAGCAAUAGAAUGAGCAAGAAAAAAGUGAGAAUGUAUAAAAGUAGCAAUUGUGUCUGUGAAAAAGAUGCGAGUUGAGGGUGC